GCCGGCGGAAGCCGCGCGUCAGUUCCGCCCGCUCGGUGCGGCACCUCCAAGAUGGCGGCGCCCUGCGGCUCCUCACAGCUCCCGGCCGAGCCGCCGCUGAAGGUGCCCAAGAUGGAGGUGCUGUCGCCGGGCUCUCCCAGCGCGCUGAGCGACGGCAACCCCAGUCUCUCCGACCCCUCCACUCCCAGCGGCGCCUCCCCGCUCGGCACCGGGCCGCCGGCUGGCGGGGCCGGCCGCGGCGGGGCCUCGCCCUCCGUCUCCUUCUCGCCGGGCGCUGCCGCUGCCGCCGCCGCCGCUUGCCGAGGGAUGUCCUGGACGCCGGCGGAGACCAACGCGCUGAUCGCCGUCUGGGGUAACGAGCGGCUGGUGGAGGCGCGGUACCAGCAGCUGGAGGGCGCCGGGACCGUGUUCGGCAGCAAGGCCCCCGGGCCCGCCAUGUACGAGCGCGUCUCCCGCGCCCUGGCCGAGCUCGGAUACGAGCGCACCCCGUCCCAGUGCCGGGAGCGCAUCAAGCAGCUUCACAAGAGGCAGAGUGAGUUAGUAAGGAAUGCAGAAUAUACCCUGCGUAGGUGCUACAGCCGCGUGAAGGAGCACGGCGUCGGGAAGAGGAAAAGCAGCUACACGUUUGAACAGCUGGAGCAGGUCUUUGGGCAAGGAGGAUGGGAUUCCCAGCCCUGCCAGCCUGUCCUCAUCAACAGCAGCGGCUUGUACCAGGAGCUGGAGUCAGACAGCAGCACGAUGGAGGAGUUUUCACAGGAGGAUUGGGGAAACCACAGUCAGGAUCUUCAUUGUUACCAGACUGGUGAACAGGAAUUGGAUGAAAUCCCUACCACCAAAAGAACAUUAAAGAUAAAGCAGGAAUCUUCUGAAGACGCACACAGAGAGGAUGGGAGAGCAUCACCAAGGUAUUUGCUGUGGGAAACACAUCACUGAGCACUGUGGAUGCUGGAAUUUAUCCUGGUUCUUCUUUUCCCGAUCAAACACACACGUGUGAUGCUGCUGUUGCUGUCAACUGACCCCAGACCUGCAGAAGCAGAGGGAGCUCCCUUUCCCCCUGGGGUUCAGCUGCUCCGCCCCAGCUUGGUGAGCACCAGGACCUGAUCCUGCACCUACAAACCUAACGCAGUCGAUCUCCAAGGACAGCACUGCUUCUCUUAGCUUCAGGUAGUAAAUAACUGGCCUCCAGACUUAUAAAACUUCCCAUAUUUCCUGGGUUCCCUGAUUUUCAGCAGUGUAGGAAGCAAAUAGCAAUAGGAAAGCUGUGUCCAGGUCCCGUGCUCCAUCAGCUGGGUGUUCAUUCCCCACAGCAGCUCUGUUGUUGCCUCUUCUUGGCAUGCUGCUGCCUCCAAAUAAGCUGCAAAGUGAAAUGCUGCUUCCAGCUCUGUUCUGCUAUUUCAGAUUGAUUUGAAGAGGUUUUUUAUUCACUGUGGGCUUUGUGAAGAUGAACUAGAAGCAUGGGGAGCUGGAUCCUUCACUGAAACCAGCUGUUCCAGCUGCUUUGAUGUCUGCUUUUGUUUGGAAACAGCCUUUAGAACAAAUUUACACCAUGUCUUGUCUCUGGUGUCUUCCUUUCCGCAUUUGAAUUCCAAAUGCUUCUGAGGAGAAAGCCAUGCAGAUGGCCAGUGGCCAGCAAGGGAGGUCGACGGUUGAUGAUGGAAAUCCAGCUCCAGGGCAGUUUCCUACUGAAAAAUGAGUAAUGGCAAGGAUUUGACUGUUAAUGCUUCCAGUACCUCUGCUUGGCCACAGCGUGGAGGUAGAUCUUCUGCUCAGCAGGGCAGCCACCAAGUGGAGUCCUGAUGUGAGUGGGAAGAGGAGACUCCAAACCCAAAAAGCAGAGUGUUUUCAAAUGUCUUUACCCUAUUCCUCUGUACUCCAAGUGAUGAUUCCCUCUGUGGAAAGCCCUUUCCUCCUGCACCGUGCUGCUGGAGAUCACCUCUAGUGAAAUCCUUCCUCUUCUCAGCACUUGGAUGAGUGACUAAUCGUUUUUAUUCCCCCAGCAGCUCUAUUUUGUGCUGAGCUAAACUUAGCCAGGGUAUUUCUGGUGUCAUUAAUAAAGGUGGGAGCUUUUCUUUUGGGUUUUUAGCUCCGUUCCUCCGCUGUUGACUGAAAAUCUACCCACGCUGCUUUCUCCUGUCACUGGCUUUGGAUGGGACUGCUUGCUUUCAAUUCAGUUCAGCUGUCUGUCUUGAGUCAGAUGAGUGUAGAAUGGCAGCAAAACACACACCAUGUGCUACCUGUUCCCUUCUCUGCCUUGUCCCCUUGUCUGUCUUCUCCUCAGAAGGUGAACUUGUGCUUGCAAAGGCAGAAAUCUACAGCUGCUGAUGUGCACCUGGUUCUUUUCCUAGCAGAGAGGAUGGGAGAGCAUCACCAAGGUAUUUGCUGUAGGAAACACAUCACUGAGUGCUCUGGGUGCUGGAAUUUAUCUUGGCUCUUCUUUUACUGAUCACACACACGUGUGAUGCUGCUGUUGCUGUCAACUGACCCCAAACCUGCAGAACCAGAGAAGCUGU